ACACACAUCCCGUCCUCUUUGCCCGCGAAGGUCACCUCAGCCAAUCUCGGCGCCACGCAAUCUCUCUCCUUAACUGCUACACAACGUCAGUCUCUUCAGUCUCUUAAGUCGCAAGGGCUCUGGCUCGCCAUUCGAUUUCCCUCAACCUUUGGUAUUAUACUGCUACUUGCUCCACACAGACCAAACACUCGCAACCCCUAACCUCAAGCUGGCGUCUAAGUAUCUUUUUUACGACCCUCACCUACCGGCACCCCUCCUAGGAUAAGGGGGAAUAUCGCCGAUAUGUCAUCUGCCAACUACGAAUCUAUAACCCAGGAGGAUAGGGAUGAGGGGACUAGCUCUCCUGAAGGAAGACGGUGCGCAUCGGCUUUGUUAUCCCACAGGUCCCCCCGCAGCCGCUGACUUUGUUCUCGGGAUUAUAGACGUCGACGUCAAGGCAAGAUAGCUCAUCCGGCCGGUGAAGCAUCAUGGGGUAGUAGCGUUGUCAAUCUCUUGAAUACUAGUUAGUAUUGAUUGUCCUCAUUUUCCCGGUUAUGGCUUACUCUAGAGCAGUUGUCGGCGCCGGUGUGUUGGCAAUGCCCCACGCAAUGUCACAGUUCGGAAUAACCCUGGGUAUCUUUGUUAUUCUUUUUUCCGGUUUCAUGUCUGGCUUUGGUCUCUACCUUCAAACUCGAUGCGCCAAGUAUAUCGACAGAGGGGCGGCCAGCUUUUUCACUUUGAGCCAGCUGACAUUUCCCAACGCGGCUGUUGUGUUCGAUUUGGCUAUUGCCAUUAAGUGUUUCGGUCGGUAGAAACCCGGUUUGCUUCCCAAGGGAGAAUUUUCGCCACGCUAACCUACCUGCUCACCGACGCUACAUAGGUGUGGCGAUUUCUUACCUUAUUAUCAUUGGUGACCUUAUGCCGCAGGUCGUCCUGGGCUUUAGUCAGAAUGCUGGCAACGUUGACUGUCUCGUAGAUAGACAUUUCUGGAUAACCGGUUACAUGCAAGCCCCCUCACAGACACAGCCUCGGUAAGUUAUUGCAAUUAACUGACUCGCCCCUAGGCUUGUGAUUAUCCCACUCUCUUUUCUAAGGCGACUGGACUCUUUGAAGUACACUUCGUUUGUUGCACUGGUUUCUAUCGGAUACCUUAUCAUCAUUGUGCUCGCCCACUUUUUGAGGGGCGACACCUUGGGUGGUAGGGGCGGUGUUCGCUUGAUAACUUGGGCCGGGCCUAUAGAAGCACUUAGUAGCUUUCCCGUCAUAGUUUUUGCCUAUACCUGUCACCAGAACGUAAAGUCUUCCAUGUCCUCGUGGGACCUUCCGUUUGAGAAUACGACGCAACUGAACAGAAAGGCUUAGAUGUUCUCGAUAUUGAACGAAAUCAAGGAUGCAUACCAUAGAUCGACGCUUAGUGUCAUAUCAGGGUCCAUUGGAUCUGCAAGUUCAAUUUAUGUCCUUGUUGCUGUCACAGGCUACCUAUCAUAUGGUGACAAUAUCGGUGGAAAUAUCAUCGCCAUGUACCCCCCAUCCUGGACCUCUACGAUAGGCCGCGCAGCAAUCGUCAUACUUGUCAUGUUCAGUUACCCUUUGCAAGCACACCCCUGCAGGGCCAGUAUUGACAAUGUACUCAAAUGGAAGCCCUUUCGAAGGAGGGUUGGUCCCAGACCCUCAUCCCCCGGCAGGGUCUAUGAGAUGAGUGACUGGAGAUUUGCUUCAAUCACGACGGCAAUUAUCGUUGGGACAUACCUUGUGGCCAUGGCUGUCAGUAGUUUGGAGAGGGUGCUGGCUUAUGUUGGAAGCACUGGCUCAACAAGCAUCAGUUUGUAUGCCUCCCGCCCUGACUAGCCGGGAAUGAUUGGAAUCAUCUGACAGCUCGCUUAGUAUUCUCCCGGGUCUUUUUUACUGGAAAAUAUCGGAUCCAGAAUCAGAUAACCAUCGUCUCUUGAAAGAAGACGAAGACAGCGAUGCAGAGGAAGGUGAUCGUAGAGCGGACACCUGGAGAAGCAGGUUGCUCAGAAGGGGAGCUCUAGGGCUCGUCGUAUAUGGAUUCGUUGUCAUGAUCACUUGCUUGACACUCAACACUUUCUACGUCGUUGCACAUUGAUCGACCGGCCACACCCCCACCACGGAGAACCAGUGGCACUUUACCAUCCAGCUUUCAUUCAUUACUUCCUUCUUUUAGUUAUUGGGGUUUGCGAGAAAAGGCAGCUGUUUAUAAAGCACUAUGGCUACUGAUCUUACCCCCCUUUCUUUCUUUUUUUGAUUUUCUCUAGGCGUUCCACGGUGUUGUCAGAACCGGAUAUAUUCCUUUGGGUGUGACAGGUUCCGAGACUUUCCUUCCCGCUCGUGACAAAUAAUGUCACGCAUUCUUGGUUUGGAAUUCAGUAUACGCUUCUUGUAAUUAUUUCCAAUACCAUACUCUGUCUUGGGUUGCAUAUAAGAUCCUUUUUGUGUCUGUUACUGGGUCUCCUUGGUUUCAGGUGUGCAGACAGGGCCUGUUCCUCGAAAUCAACAUGGGCAGGCACAGGCACAGUGUUCGAGUACUCGUAGGGACGUAAGGUGCAGAAGGAUCUCUUCUUGUAGGACAAACGGAAGGGAUCCGGAUACUGGACACAUGAUACGGUUGGGUGAUCUGCGGUAAGGUUGUAAGUGUAGCGAAGACAGGGCGGAGCGUCAGCGUCUAGCAUGCGUCUAGCAUUUCUAGCAUUAUUAUCGGUAACGUUUCAGAAAGGAGGGAGGAGGAAGAAGGAGUAAGUGGGGGGGGAUGCUUUCCACAUAAACUCAUACGGUACAGUAGCCUGCCUAUAUAUUGAUUGAUCCAGAGCUGGUAGGGGCUCUCGGAUGAGAGGUUAUUGGAUCAUACAGGAAAGAUGUAACAGCUCGCUCU